AUGAAAACGACAAUACAACAGCUGCUGCUAUGGGCUCUCGCAGGGAUCAUCAGUAAAGCCCACCAGGCCGCCAGUCUAGCAUCUCAUGCGCCUCUUGCCUUCGUGAGCGCUCAGAGUUCCCUUUCCUCGUUGUUACUUCCUGGCACGACAGCCCCAGCGAGCGUACGUGCACACCAAAAUGCAGCGGCAAGGACUGCCAAUUCGCGCACCUGGAUGGACCCGCAAUCGUUUGCUUCAAGUCAUGUCUCGGACGUUUCAGCACUGUUUCCGUCCCUAAAUUUUUCCCGCACCUCCUCUCAUAGCGCGCGAGUGUCUUCUCGCCAAGGUUCCCGUGCGGCUUCUACUGAUGCCACAACGCAGCCAUUGCGGCAGUCUGCUGGGGAUCCACAAAGGGAGGCAAGGUCGUUCAACUUUGAUGAGGAUGGAUUGGGCGGCCUCGUGCAUGGAAGUAUUCGAGGCAAUUUGAGGAGCCGCAGGGAGAAUGUGUCGCCAGUCGUGGCCCAGAUGCUAUACGAAGAUAUGCUUCUGGGACGGUUUGUUGAGGACGCGUGCGCCCGGCUCUACUACCGGGGCAAAACUGCUGGCUUCGUGCAUCUGUAUACCGGACAGGAGGCAGUAAGCACUGGAGUGCUAAAACUGCUUCGAAAAGGCGAUGCAGUGGCGUCCACUUACAGAGAUCACGUUCAUGCCACCAGCAAGGGUGUACCUGCCCGCGAGGUUUUCGCAGAGCUGUUUGGCAAGACGACCGGCUGCUCUAAAGGCUUUGGAGGCUCCAUGCAUAUGUUCUCAAAGGAAUGGAACCUUUAUGGAGGCUUUGCCUUCAUUGGGGAACAGAUCCCCAUAGCGCUAGGCGUGGCGUUCAGUCAGUUAUAUAGACGCCUGGCCCGGCGGGAGUUGCCCGGCGAAAAAGAUCAGGUUACUGUCUGCUUCAUGGGCGACGGCACGACCAACAUGGGGCAGUUCUACGAAGCCAUGAACAUGGCGGCUCUAAUGAAACUUCCAGUCAUCUUCGUUGUGGAAAACAACAACUGGGCAAUUGGCAUGGCGGCGCAGCGCAGCACGGCAGUGCAAGAGAUUCACCAGCGAGGACCUCCUUUCGGUGUGCCCAGCGUAGAAGUUGACGGGAUGGAUGUUCUUGCCGUGCGCGCGGCAGCGCGCCAAGCCAUAGAACGGGCUCGAAAGGGAGAGGGUCCUUCGCUGAUAGAGGCUCUGACUUACAGGUUCCGAGGACACUCGCUGGCUGACCCAGACGAGCUCCGCUGCCCCCAGGAGAAGGCGGCUUUUGCAGUGCGCGACCCCAUCAAGCACUUUGAGCAAUAUAUGCUGGAGAUGGGCUACGCCAAUGAUGAAACGUUGGAACUGACGCGGCGUAAGAUGAAGGAGAUUGUGGAGGAUGCCGUGCAGUUCGCGGAGGCGUCUCCCCCUCCCGAUCCCUCCACUGCCGGGGAUACAACGUUCGCUCCUGCCUACGAGCCUAAGGGCUUUGACCCCUUAACAGAUGACCAGCUUCACGCUUAUGCCAGGGCCCUUAAGAUCGAGUUGGACCGAGAGGCACGCAAGGCCCAGGGCGAGAGAGUCGUACCUCCACCUGUAGAGAACGAUACAAAUCCACCCAUUGUGAUAGAUUAA